CUUUGAUAGAGGCGAUAAGGGAGGAGUGGAGGAGGAAAAGAAGAGAGGGAGGAGGCAGACGGGCAGGUGGUGCAUUAAGAGAAACGCUAUCGCAGCCGUCGCUUCACUUUACAGCAGCUUGUUGUCAUGGAGGAGCAAAGAUGGCGGUCCUGGCCUAUAGCCCGGGCAAACGCGAGAUAAAUCAAUAUUUUUCCAUAAGAAACGCCAAAUUAAUAUCACUCGUUGUCGUUCUUCUACUCCUACUAUUUCACACAGCUUCGCGAUACUAUGGAGGUGGAGACUCAUGUGAAUGGCUGCUGUCCAGAGGACGUUUCUUGGGAGAGAAUGUAUGGCAGCCUUAUGGCUGCAUGAUGCACAAAUACAAAAGCACUGAAGCCAGAAACUGCCUAGCCGAAAAGCGGGUGGCCUUUGUUGGCGAUUCAAGAAUCAGGCAGCUAUUUUACUCCUUCACAAAAAUUAUUGACCCUGAACGAAGAGAAGAUGGAAACAAGCACGAGGACAUUUCCUUUGAAGAAGACACUUCCUCUCUUAAUGUGGACUUUCUUUGGUAUCCAGAGGCAAACAACUCGCUGAAGGAGCGCCUGAUAUCCUGGAUACAUGAAACCACAGCAAAGCCAGAUGUUGUCAUUCUUGGAGCUGCCUCGUGGUCCAUUAAGUUGCACAGAGGAAGCAGUGAGACCCUGCAGCAGUACAAGGUUAACCUGACGGCCAUUGCUGUGUAUCUGGAAAGACUGGCUGAGGAUGGAGAGGUCUACUGGGUGCUCCAAGAGCCAGUCAAUGAAGGAGUCCUGAGUGAAAACAGGAAGAUGAUCACCAACCAGCAGCUAGAUCUGUACAAUGAAGCAGCAGUCGACGUGAUCAACAGCAGCAAGCGUAAUGGCAGGUCCCGGAUCAAGCUGUUGGCUGCAUCACGUCAGGCUGCGCUAGAAACAAUCAGCCAAUCAGAUGACGGCUUGCAUGUUCCAGAGAGUACCAGGGAUGUGGGCGCAAUGGUUCUCAUGAACUCCUUAUGCAACAAGAUACUGAGGCCCAUAGAUGGUUCGUGCUGCCAAACAAUACCGCCCCUCAACUUCCUCCAAAAACUGGCAGUGUUCCUCUUCCUGGGAUCAGCCCUCAUCCUGCUGGCCCUGCAUGUCUUUGGCAUCAACCGCCACCGCCGACCUGUACCACCUGACGUGGAGAGCCUGGAAGAGAAAAAGCCAGUGACUGCAGCUGUCCCCUUUAGCCCAAAGGCGCCUUUUCAUGCCCUUUGCAGGAUGGGUGUCAUCAUGGGCUAUUUUUACCUCUGUGACAGAGCAGAUAUGUUCAUGAAGGAGCAGAAGUUCUACACACACUCUACAUUCUUCAUUCCCCUUGUCUAUAUAUUUGUCUUGGGAGUGUUUUACAGUGAAAACAGCAAGGAGACCAAAUUACUUAACCGAGAGCAAACAGACGAGUGGAAAGGCUGGAUGCAACUUGUCAUCCUCAUCUAUCACAUAUCUGGUGCCAGUGCUUUCAUUCCAGUGUAUAUGCAUGUGCGGGUGUUGGUGGCAGCGUAUCUAUUCCAGACUGGUUAUGGACAUUUUUCCUUUUUCUGGCUUAAAGGAGACUUUGGACUGUAUAGAGUGUGUCAGGUACUCUUCCGUCUGAACUUCCUAGUUCUGGUGUUGUGUGUGGUUAUGGACAGGCCCUAUCAGUUCUAUUACUUUGUGCCACUGGUUACCUUCUGGUUUGUCAUCAUCUAUGCCACACUGGCCUUGUGGCCUCAGAUCCUUCAGAAAAGAGCAAACAGUAGUGGCGUAUGGCACCUUGGGGUCCUGAUGAAGUUACUGGGCCUGCUACUGUUCAUAUGCUUCUUUGCCUUUUCACAGGGCAUUUUUGAAAGUAUAUUUUCCAUGUGGCCAAUCUCCAAACUCUUUGAGCUGCAUGGAAGUAUCCACGAAUGGUGGUUUAGAUGGAAGCUGGACAGAUUUGCUGUGAUUCACGGCAUGGUGUUUGCCUUCAUCUAUCUAGUGCUGCAGAAGCGCCAGGUGCUGUCUGAAGGCAAAGGAGAAAUUUUGUUACCUGGAAAGAUCUCCAACCUUCUCCUUCUCUUUUCGGUCAUCUCUUUCAUAACUUACUCCAUCUGGGCCAGCAGCUGCAAAACCAAAACAGAAUGCAACGAGAUGCAUCCUUAUAUCUCUGUGGUCCAGAUUCUCUCCUUCAUUCUUAUCAGGAACAUUCCUGGCUAUGCGCGCUCUGUAUACAGCUCAUUCUUUGCAUGGUUUGGAAAGAUUUCCCUGGAGCUGUUUAUUUGCCAGUACCACAUCUGGCUGGCAGCAGACACCAAAGGGAUUCUGGUACUGAUUCCAGGAAAUCCGUCACUCAACAUCAUGGUCAGCACUUUCAUCUUUGUUUGUGUGGCACAUGAGAUUUCCCUCAUCACCAAUGACCUAGCCCAGGUAGUCAUCCCCAAAGACAGUGUUGCACUGCUCAAGAGACUGGGGGCAACAGGGAUCUUCAGUUUGGUGGUACUGCUGCUGUCCAGAAGUGGUCAGCCCAGUCCUGGUGCCUAACAGGACAUCUUUUUAAUGGGCACUAUGUGGAGUGUCUAGGUCUGCCCUACUUAUGGUUAAAGUAAAAUACAGUUUCAAGCCAGAAGCAGGUCCUGGAUUUGAGACCACUGUUGGCAGCAGGAGCCAUUGUUGGCCAUGUUCAAUGUAAACACAUGAAGACAACGUAGAAGGCAGCGCCUCACUGCAGACCACACUGUACUUUUUCUUACUGCUAUGAAAGUCGCACACUGGAAAAAAAAAAUGCCUAAGAAGGCGAUUUCUCCUUUAACAGCAGUGUUUCCAUUUAAAAAGAAAAAGGAAAAAAAAACUAAUGCUUAAACGGUUUACAUUAUCUGCAAUCAACAGAUGAGCAGAAAGUGAAAUUUGAAGUUCUCUCAUUUCAAGACUCUCACGCUUACUCCCUGACUCUGCUCAUUGCUUCUACUUCGCCAAAUACUCAGCCAAGAACAAGGUGUUUUUUUGGUUAAAUGGUACUUUUUGUCAUGACCUCACACUCCGUCCAUGUGGCAGUAGCAGCCGAAGGUGUUUUCACUCAGGUGGAUCCAUACUCCACAUAUUCAGAUAUCUACACUUCCACCAUGGUAAAACCAAAUUUUCUCCCUUCAGUUCAGUUUAUACAGUAUUUGCCACCUUAACAUAAUAUUGGAUAUCUUAAUAUGCAAAAAAAUGGAGCUUCAGUUGGUUUGGGCCAUCCACAAGCUGCCAAUACUAAAAACAGUAAGCGGUGUGCAAUUGUUGAUAAAUAUUCUUCAUAGUCUUUAUAUAAUGUUGAAAGUAAUUUUUUUCCAGGUUAGCCUUGUCUGAGAUGGUACUGUGGUCACCUGCUAUAGCUCUGAAAUUGUAUGUGAUAUGUACAGUAUUUAAUGUUUUAAAUUAAGCUUAUAUUUUAUACUUUUUUUGGCUUUGUUUUAUUUGCGCACCAACGACUGCUGUUUGUGAAGGAAGUAUUACAUUGAUCAUUUUGUACUGCCUCAGAAACACAUUACAGGAUUUACAGUAGUCUUUACAGUCGAGCCCCGUCUGUCUGAUUAGCAGCUGACUUCUUCGUGUAUAUUUGUAUAAUAGAGUGAGAUAUUUAUUUUAUACAGAAACGCGCCAGUGUUUUUAGUCCUUUGACUUUUCACAUAAACCUGAAAUGUGGCUGGUUCCAAUACUGGUCGCUGUGGUUAGACUAUAUUGUCCUACGUCUUUGCAAAUACACCGUGGCUGUUACAAGACUCCUAUUGGGACAGCAUAUUAGACCAUGCUUUCCUCCUCUGUAUGUGCUCAAAAUGUCAUUACAGCUGUUAUGCACAGGGGUGUUUCCAGACCCCUGGAGGCCCCCAGGCAAGAGGCACUAUUGCAGUGUCUAAAGCAGGACAAUCGUUUUGUCAUUGAUAUAUGGACCAAUGUCCCCUGUCUCUUGGGGCCCCUCCCAGCUUGGGGCCUCAGGCAAUUGCCUGAGUUGGCAACACUUUAUUUCGAAUGCAUGCAUUCAGAAAGAGCUUUUUGCCACAUUCUUGACCCCGUAUUUGAAAUUCAGAAAUAUUGUCUGCUGACUACUGCAGAAAAUCUGUUCAUUGAGGACCUAAUGUAGAUGUAAUGUAUGUUCCCCUAAUUUAUCUGGAAAAAAUUGGUAGACACCUAUGUGUGUCUCAUUAACUUACUAUUGUAAGUAAUUGAAUUGAAUUAUUUCUCUCACACCUAAAAUAUUAAGAUAAUAACAUUUAGAUAGACCUAAAUGUUUUAUACAGUUUUGUGUAACGCUAACCUCUAACUCCCAUUUCUGUCAGUAUAUCUCCUGCUGUUGUUUCCUGCUCCCAGAGCUGCGUAAAAGAACUCCUAGCACAGGAAGCCCUUGACAGAUUCAGUAGUCCUGGUGGCCCACUAUAUACAGUAUAUAAUGUUUUUGAUGUUGUUAUUAAUGACUAUGUAACAAUGUUUUCAUGUAAAGUACUGUUAGAGGGUGCAAAGCAUUUGUAAUAUUUUGAGCACAUUACCUAACAAAGAAGCUUGGGGGGAAACUUAUUUCUCUCAAAGUUUCCAGGCACAGGGCUGGGUUUUACAACAACUGGUCUUAACUGACUAUAUAAUCAUAGAUAAUCUUAAACAGCGAUAGGUUUUGAAAACUGCCAUAUUUCUUCUUUUUUUUUUGCCUGGCAGCUCUGUACAACACAGUACAUCCUCCUCCUGCCACAGCCGUCAGUGAACUUCAGUCUAACAAAUUACUCAGAAACAAAUGCCUUGUAAACAUGCAGCUUCUUUCAGUGUCUUGUACACGCAGCAGCACACCUCCCUCACGUCUAUGACGUAGGCCGAGGUCAUAAUCUUCUGCCCAUACGCACUUUGCAGCAGAGCCACAUUAUUUGGAAAAAUACUUCUUUGUAAUGCACUGAGUUCAGAAGAAACAUUAUGGAAAAGAAAUGUGUAUUUUGUCUAUUUAUCCUCACAGACAUGUAAGAAAGAUUAGCACUUUCAAUGUAUAAGGCCUGUAUUCUUCUCAUCUGUACAGGGGACGACGACGUUCAGCAUAGUACCACAACAGUACACGUAAUGUACAAUAGCACAAUUGAAUAAAACAUAGGAUUACAUGUUUCUUUUUGGGUCCUUCAGCAGCAAAAUAGUUGUGAGAUCUGUGCUUUGGAUUUAAGUUGCAUUUUUCAUAAGUGACUGCAGUGUUGUUUUUUUUUACUCACAAAUGUAGCUUUUUAAAAAAAAACAUGGGUCCACAAAGACUGAAUCUUUUUUAUACAAAAUACUUGUCAUUGGUCUGGUUUGCCAAAUGCAUUUGUAAUUUUUAUCAUCCUGUAGAGUUGGGAUUUUUUAUGCUGCAAUUUUUCGUUGUGUAAACUAAAAAAGUUAACUUUU